GGCUCUUCCCGAUUAGCGCUUUUCCGCUCCCCGUUCAUUCGCAAAAUCGCUACCUACGCUCGAGUUCCUUUCACUUGCGCGGCUUCGCCUUCGCGGGAAUGCAAACGAGUAAUUGCACGAAAAGGUGGUAUAAUUUAUCUUUCGCCCAUUUCGCACACCUCGCCAUUUAGCCCAUUUGGCCCAUUUGGCCCACUUCGCGAGCGUUCAUCCCAGCUUCCCCCCUUCUCAGAAAUUCCCAUUUCGCAUUUCUGUUUUUCCCCUUUUUUGUUUUCCCAAAUCGUCAACUCGCACACACGCGCGCCAUUCCACUUCGCACGUUCCCUCCCUUGUAAAGUUGAAGAAGGCCCAGCGCGACCGUCCAUUUUUGUGACAAACAAAUCGGCCCACCUAGCGCCCCACGUAGCUUCUUACGUAGCAUCUUACGUAGCUUCUAAGCAAAACAGACGAAGAACACCUCGAUCUAAAGUGCACCCCAAAAUGAACGCCAAAAAUUUAAUGGCAUCCUUCUCCCUAAUCCUCCUCUUGUGUGUCCUGCUAAAUCUGGCAAUCGUUCAGGUUAACGCAAAUGAAAAUAACAAAAUAAAAGGAGGGAAGGUACCCCCCCCUUCUGUGCCCACAGGAAAUAACUCAGAUAACAAUGUACCCAAAAAAGAUGGAGGAGAAAAUAACCCCCCCCCUGAUGCAGAAAACGCUUUACAAGAACUGAAAAACUUUACUAAAAAUUUGGAAAAAAAAACGACAACAAACAGAAAUAUAAUAAUCAGCACGACUGUGAUUAACAUGGUUCUGUUGGUAUUGUUAUCUGGGCUAAUAGGAUACAACACAAAAAAGGGGUUUAAAAAAGGCCAAAUGGGCAGCGUAAAGGAGGUAACUCCAGAAGCCCAAAAGGGGAAAUUGUAA